UGCAGAUGUGGUGUCAUCUCUAUAUCGGCGUCGCGUUUGUUUUUUAAUUUUUGUAGUCUCAGCGAAAAAAAAACUGAAGUUUAAAUCCGGGAUUAUAAACGGGAUCAAACCCAAAUUUACCACGUUAAGCACGGGGAGUGGUAAACAGUUCCAGUCCGAGGUUGCUAGUUAUUAUUUGGCUUGCAAAACGUUCACACACAAUGGCAACCGACACAGUACCCAACUCCGAAAACUUUACGCUCGCCAGUAGUGAGGAGGAUGUGAUAUGUCCCACCUGCGAUGCGAAAAUCAAGCGUAGUCAGGUUGCCGAUCACUGCCAAGUCGAAAUGGAUCGAUUGCAUAGCAUGCAAUUGCGUUCCACAGAUUCCACAGCAUCUCAAGCUGCAUCAGCAACAGCUUCUACAACGACAACUACAACAGAAUCGAAUUCGACAGCAGUCGAAGGUGGACAGCGGAAGCCCUGGACUGUGUUUCAACGUGUGCAACGCAACAGACAAGCGCGACAGCGACAACGAACACGCAAGCGACCCACUCCACCACCUCCAUCAGCCCCAGCACUUGCAACAGCCCCUGCAACCAGUCAAGCCACUCAGGAAACUACCAGCACCAGCAGCAGCAACAGCUGCAUCUGCCCAGUGUGCAAUAAGAACUUCCCACAGGCACAGAUUCAAGAGCAUGCGAAUCAGUGUCUGCGGUCAAGUCGCCGCAACGGGCAAAGCAACGGAGAGCGACAGCAGGCAUCAAGUGAUGACGAUGACGACAGCGAGGAGUACGAGGAAUACGAAUGGGCAGGCCAGAAGCGCAUACGGGUCUCGACACUCGUCCAGGGUGGUUACGGGUCAUUGAGUCUGGGACAGACAAUCAAAUAUAAUGGUGGGCAGCAGGCGAACGACGAUGACGAUGAUGUGAAUGUCGACGAGGAUGAUACUCACAUCUAUGGACCUACGCAAUAUGGUGAAGCAGAUGUCAUACCGCUGGCGAACGAGGACGCCGACGAAGGCGGUGUUUCGGAAGCGGAUGUGACCAGUUACGUAAGGCGGCUUAUAUCCUCCAAUGAGACGCCAAAAAGCAGCAAUGUCAACCAUUCCGCUAGCGAGACAAAUGAGCAAACGACUGAAGCAAUGGAUGAGGCAGCCACAGCGGCUAGCCUGGAGCCAUCCACAUCUCAAGGAACGACACCUUCGACGUCGCGUAGCAGCAGAUCUGCAACUCAAAAUCAAGCCCAUAACCAGCAACAAAUCAUCGAGUCACUGAAAGCUCGCUUACGUCUGUAUGAGAAGCAGGCACAGAGCAAGUUCAAGUGCCUGAUCUGCAUCGAUGAUUACAAGAAUCCCGCCAUAUCCGUAUCCUGUUGGCAUGUCCACUGUGAACAGUGCUGGCUCCAGACUCUAGGCGCCCGUAAGCUGUGUCCCCAAUGCAAUUCCAUAACCACCCCAAAAGAUCUGCGACGCAUUUACCUGUAGAUGAAUAGACUAAGCUCUAGAGUGGUCAACUAUGACUUGUUAUAAUGUUGCAAAGUAGCUUAUUACAUUAUUAUUAACAUUCGAUUAUUCGAUUGGACUUCGCCCACAUCGGGUUCCGAUACGGAACAGGACGGGACUGGCCAAGGAUCUUUGCCUCGCCGUUCGUUUUUGUAGUUUUAGUUGACAAUCCUUCAUAUUUAUACAAACAACAGCAAAGAUUACAGCUAUGAUUAUCGUACGUGACAUUACAAUAAGAAUUAUGUAACUUAC